UAACACUGGAGGAAAAUUAAUUAAUGACAAUUUAGCAGUAAAGUCAUUGAAGAGAGUCAAACAAAUAUAAAAAAGAGGUCGUGAAUUAUGAGGCCAUUAUGAUACACUGUAUAAAUGUGUAUCGUGUCAUUCCAUUUGUUGCAAUGGUGACAUCACUCCGUCACCUCGUUGUGCUUUGUGACCGUGGACAUUGACAAAAUUGAUGAUUAAUAUUGAAGAUCAUUUUGAUUGUUUGGGUGUGUUUUGGCGCCAAGCGAGCGACCAAGUGGCGCUCACCCUUGACAUAAAUGUUGUUGUUUUGCAGGGAUGUGCCAGUGUGUUUGUCCAGGUGAGGAAUGCUUUGUACAGAGCGUUGUUUGUCAAUAGUUGCCUGAAGUGAUGUCAGGGGCCUAACACCAGCUACUACCAGGAGGCGGCGGAGCUGGCGGUGGGCUACCGCUGCUCCUGCCGGCACAGCAUGGGCGGGCCGCAGUGCAGCAUUGUCACGGUAGUGGUGGGCAGCGUGGCGCGACCAAGCCCUGAGGCGGAGGCCAUGUCGGCGGGCCAGGUGGUGCUAGUGGUGGUGUUCAGCACCGCUAUGCCCGUGCUGGUGGUGGAAUUGGUGUUGGUGAUCGUAUGCAUAAAGCGGAAACGCGUACGUGACUGCCCGUGUCGGGAUGAGGAGGCGCGGCGUCAGAACGAGCAGAACAUGGUGCACAACGCUGUGGGCGCCGUCAACAGUGUCUGGACCACCACAUGAUCUUCUACUCCCUAAACUUCCCCAUCAAGAAACCUCUCAACACCGUGCCACCGGCUCCCCCCUUGCAUCACCCACACCACACCCACCUCCACCACCAUCACCUCCACGACCACGACUACAAGAAUCCCGCGGAGAACGCAUACUCCGCAGUGCCCAUGCGCAGCAGCAGGACUCAACAAGGAUGUGUCGCGGCUCUCGCUGGCUGACCGCCUCGAGAAGGACAUUGAGCCCCCGCCCAGCGCCUGCGUCACGCCCACCUCGGACUCCAGCGCCCCAUGCAAGGU